AUGCCCAUGCGUACACAUAUUCCUAAUAGUGCGGGUCAUCCAAGCUGUAACUGGGUACCGAAUGAGUCAUCUAUCCUUAUUAUUCCAGUCGACCCAGCUAAAAAACACGAGAACCCUAAAGAUUUUGGUAUCGUGUGGGUGGCGAGUCACCACGAUCUUGCCUGUAGUUCACAAACUAGUCUGUAUCAAGAAGAGACACGAAGGUUAAAAACUCUCUCUGAACGAUUUAAAGGUGCGUGUACGAAGUUUUCGUCUAGAACAGACUUGGCGAGGGCGGUGAUGGUAGAAGGCAGAUGUGUGUAUGGAUUUAGAAACAGUAAACAGUUCGAUACAGCCAAAGCUGUCUGUGACUCACAAGGAACCCAACUGAUAGUUCUGAAGACUGAAGAUAAGCAGAAAGCAGCGUGGAAUGCUUUAGGCUCCGAUUUCAGUCAACAUUGGAUGGGACUAAAAAAGAAAGACAACAUUUGGCAAUGGAAAGACUCUGGUACAUGGAUACCAGUGACGUCACCAAGAUGGGAGUAUGAAGAUGAGGGUCACUGUGGCUACACAAUGUCGUCUGAUAACAGGUUUUUAUGGAAAACGGCGUCGUCAGACGCCUGGUACCGACCAGUAUGUGAAGAAUUGACAGAGUCAACACCAGCAGACUCGGCAACAGCUACUACAACACCAGCAGACCCGUCAACAACGUCUACAACACCAGCAGACCCGUCAACAACGUCUACAACACCAGCAGACCCGUCAACAACGUCUACAACACCAGCAGACCCGUCAACAACGACUACAACACCAGCAGAGCAGCAACCUGUUUUAUCCGGUGAUUCAAUGUUCACGCGAGUUGACGUUUUAGAAAAUGUCAUCAAUAUAGACUCGAUCAGUGUAGUGAACAUUAGAUAUUGUAUUUUACGUUGUCUUCGUCGUCCAGACUGCACCGAUAUUGUGUACAAACCAAGCACGCCCAAUUGUAUUUUAACUAAACAAGUUCCAGCAGGGGCUAUCUGUAACACCUUUCACAACAAAAUCAUACGCCCAGUUCGUCUACAAUUAACAAACGACGAUUACACCCGAUUAAAUGUGAAAUUAGUAACGAUUCACGCUAUCAGUAAUAACUUGAUUUUAUGA